GAAUUAGAGAAGAUGAGAUUUGGGAGAAGGGCAGGACUCAUUCCUCCGGUAGCCCUAGCGGUAGUCAGACAGGCAGUUCGCUAACUGCGACUCCCGUCCCCCCCUUAAGGAGGGCUGCCCAUCUUUAUCCGGAGGAAAGUCCUUGGUGCGUCGUACUCCCCCCCCGCUUGGGACACAGGAAGAUGGGAGCCGGGGCCAGCGCCGAGGAAAAGCAUUCCCGGGAACUAGAGAAGAAACUGAAGGAAGAUGCCGAGAAGGAUGCCAGGACUGUCAAACUGCUCCUACUGGGAGCUGGUGAGUCCGGAAAGAGCACCAUUGUAAAGCAGAUGAAAAUUAUUCACCAGGAUGGUUAUUCCCUUGAAGAAUGUCUGGAGUUUAUUACCAUUAUUUACGGAAACGUCCUGCAGUCAAUGCUCGCCAUCGUAAAAGCGAUGAACACGCUGAACAUCCAAUAUGGGGACGCUGGACGACAGGACGAUGCCCGUAAGCUAGCGCAUCUGUCAGACACCAUUGAUGAGGGCUCCAUGCCCAAGGAGAUGGCAGACAUCAUCGGGCGCCUGUGGAAAGACACGGGCAUUCAGGCGUGCUUUGACCGUGCAUCUGAAUAUCAGCUCAACGACUCAGCGGGAUAUUACCUGAAUGACCUGGACAGACUUGUGGCCUCGGGGUACGUACCCACCGAACAGGACGUGCUGAGGUCCAGAGUAAAGACCACCGGUAUCAUUGAGACACAAUUUGGCCUCAAGGACCUCAACUUCAGGAUGUUUGAUGUGGGAGGUCAGCGAUCCGAGCGUAAGAAGUGGAUCCAUUGCUUUGAAGGUGUCACCUGUAUCAUCUUCAUUGCUGCACUGAGCGCCUACGACAUGGUCCUGGUGGAGGACGAUGAAGUGAACCGAAUGCAUGAAAGUCUUCACCUCUUCAACAGUAUCUGCAACCACCGUUACUUCGCCGCCACCUCCAUCGUACUCUUCCUCAACAAGAAGGACGUCUUCACAGAGAAGAUCAAGAAGGCUCACCUUAGCAUCUGCUUUCCAGAUUACGAUGGUCCCAACACGUAUGAGGACGCAGGAAAUUAUAUCAAGACGCAGUUCCUGGAACUGAACAUGCAACGAGAUGUAAAGGAAAUCUACAGUCACAUGACCUGCGCCACCGACACCGAGAACGUCAAGUUUGUGUUUGACGCGGUAACAGACAUUAUCAUCAAAGAAAACCUAAAAGAUUGCGGUCUGUUCUGAGUAGAUCGCCACAACAUUUUUACUGAGGGUUUGGCCCACAAAAAUUCACAUGCCCUUCUUCCCACGAUCAGCCUCUCAGCUCUGGAGUACCGUGCCCUGCCUCUCAGAAGACCGAGAAGAGACGCAGACCCUGUUAAAAAAAAAA